CUGAGGCAGAUUUGGUGUCUGUUGCAAAACAACCUCUUAAGAGCUCAAGUUGUUGAAUUAUUUUCUAUGUAUCAAAGUUUAUUUUAAAGGAUGUUUCAUGAAAGAUUUAGUAUAUGUGCGUAACAAGUUUGGGACUAUUUAUUUUAAAUGAGGUCCGUUCUUUAUUUAAAUUAUGAUGGACUUUUAAUGAAUAUUUUUGGGAUUAAACUCUUAUUUCUUGAUUUAUAUAAAUUAUUUUUUUUAAGGACUUAUAAAUAUGAAUUUCGUAGGCCUACUGACCUACUGUGAUCGACGGUUUGUCGAUGUCUAAUAGCUUUGAAAAUUUUAUAGCAAGUCCUGACAUGAGUCUUGAGUACCCUGGUAAAAUUUCAAGCCAUUCCAACUUCGUUUGAUACUUCUUUAAAAUGCAAAACCUAAACUGCACAUUACUACCGAGAAUUUCAGAAAACAGAUGAAAGAGUCAUUUAUUUCAGUAGCUUCCUGUGUGAUCUAGCUUUCCAAAUUUUUAUGGUAUUCACCUUAUUGUGUUAGCUAGAUAUCCACCAAAGUUGAGCCCAGUUUGACAACGUUUACUAUUUUUAAAAAAUCCAAGUUUUCGAUUGUUCAAAACUGCCGAACAUGGUAGAUCGUGGUAAAAACGUCAUAUCUCUCAAACCACUUGGAGUUUCGACUCUACUUUUUUUUAUAUGAAACUAGAUUCGAAGAUCUUUCUUUCAGUAUGAGUCUCGAGUCCAGGAGAUGUCGGAGUCAGAACAGAUUAAAUUUUGAAGUUGAGUCAGUGUAAAAACAGAGCAUGUUUUAAUGAUGUUUUUGGACUUCGGACUUUAAAGCGAACUAUUAUCAUUUAUUUCUUUAAAGCCACUGGUUUAUUUAAUUAAUUGGCUACUCUCUUUUGAGCCUAUUAAUUAUUUGAGGUUACGCUAGUAAUGAUGUAACGAAUUAUGGAUGCUAAAACCCUAAAACACUAAAAGAUACCCUAGGCACGUAGAAUUAGACUUUGUCUUAUGACAAUUACUUCACGAACUUAUCGACUCUUCAUCAAUGAAGGUCCGGGCGACAGAAAGUGAAGCCGAAGAAGAAACGACUCCACGCCAGCUUUAAGAACAAUUGAGAAUGCCGCCUAAGAGAGGACGCCCUGCGAAAAACAAUAACAAUCGCAGAAACCGUAACGCUGUACCCGAAGAACCACAAGAUGCUCGAGGACAUAACCCAUCCCCUCCGCCUCCGACUACGAGAGUCGAAGAACUCUUUUUAAGGCAAAAUCCACCUACGUUUGACGGAACGAGUGAACCGGCUGAAGCUGAGAUUUGGGUGCGUGCAAUGGAACGCAUUUUCAACUUUCUACGUUGUACUGAUGAGGAGCGCCUAUCUUGCGUCUCUUUCCAACUAACAGGAUCAGCUGACUUCUGGUGGGAAGCACGUCGAAAAAUUCUGACACCUGAACAAUGGGCAAGUUAUACUUGGGAAGAUUUUAAGACGGGAUUAUAUGAUAAAUAUAUUCCGAAAAGCUAUAGGAAGAAGAAAGAAGCUGAGUUCUACGAGUUGAAGCAAGGAAAUAAAUCUGUGGUUGAAUACGACAAGGAAUUCUGCAACCUGUCUAGGUUUGCUCCGCAACAAGUGGACACAGAUGAGAAGAUGGCAGAGAAAUUUUGUGCCGGUCUACGGUACGAAAUUAAGAUGGCUCUAGCAAGCCACGGAGGACUCUCAUACACGGAGUCUCUGAACAGGGCACUUGACGUUGAAGCUGCAAUGCCGUCGGACAAGUCAGCCCCAUUGUUGAUCUCAACGCCAAAUGAUCCACCAGUAGCCUCACAUACUCUCAAAGGGAAGCGCAAGUGGGACAACAACGAAGACAAUAUCAAUCAGACUAGUAAGAAAGUGUGGCAAGAAUAUGAACGGGCCGAACAGUUUAUUCAACCAAGGCACGAGGCACAGACUAACCUCGAGCGAACUGGGGGUAACCAAGGUCAGAAAGGAGUUUUACCUUGCCCAAAUUGUGGUAAGAUGCAUAGGGGUAUUUGUCGGGCUGGAACUAACGGUUGUUACAAUUGUGGCCAAAAAGGUCACUACUCCACGCAAUGCCCCAAUAGACAACGAGGUUCAGCAGUUGGGAACACCCGCACCCCCUUGCCAGCAAUACGUGGACACUUGCGAAAUCAGCCUCAAUCACAUCAGUGAAAAUCUUAUGGAGACACCGCAGACAAGAAAAGCUACGUGGGAGCUUGAAAACAAGAUGAAGGAAAAAUACCCCGAAUUGUUUUAGCAGAGAUAUGCAAAUUUCGGGACGAAAUUUUUGUUAAGAGGGGUAGUAUGUAGUAGCCCGCUCUUUUAUUUAUGAUAAAAACUAGUAAAUGCAAUUUUUUAUAAAUGAAUCCAGUUUAUGGUUCUGAUUUUUUUAUCAGAGGCAGAGUUAUUAUUCUAGCGUUAUAUUUUUAUAACGUAUGAAAAAAAAAAAAAAAAAAAAAAAAACGCGACGAGGAUUAUUGAGCAAUCAAUAAUUAUUAUUUCCAAGUUAUAACUGACUUAGCAAAGUCAUGUUAUUUAUUAAUCGAGAAACAGAAGCAGUUAUAUUUUAUUAGUGCUACUAGAAGUCGAGAAAUUAUUCCGACUGCAACGCAAAUUCAAUCUACGGAUUUAAUCUAGAUUCAUAUUACUGUAUUAGCAUCACCAAGGCAUGAGGAUAUAAUUCAUUUAUUCAUCAAUCUCAUUCUCAUACUUUACAAACUCUUAUAACCAAUUACAGUUUCACCUAUCAAUGCUAUGAAGUAGAUACAUGAAUAUGUUAGACAUAUAUGUAAGCAUACAAUCAUCAUUAUUUUUUUCCACUCCCUAAUGUCUCCUACACUAUACACGCAUAAUCUCCACUUCUCCACUCCACCAACUAUCUCCACCACCUUUUGCUUUCUUCCACUACAUUUUUUCUCACCACCCUUUCCACUCCACUAAUUCCACUACACCAAACUUUCCACCUACUCCCUUCCCCACCACACGCAAGAAUGCAUCUAACAUUCCAUUAUACAGGCAACAAUCUUUUCAUCAUCUUCAUUCUUCACUAAGGAACCGAAGAGCAGCCACGAGUUCUGCCAUAAGCACACUGCUCCGGCAGUGUUUUGCAAGGCGAUUCCAGCCAUCCAAAAGGUCCGGGCGACAGAAAGUGAAGCCGAAGAAGAAACGACUCCACGCCAGCUUUAAGAACAAUUGAGGUGGGCAAUUUCUUACGCGUAAAUAAAAUGCUAUGCAAGUGUUAUGCUUUAAAAUGCAAAUUGGAUCUUCAAGUAUGGUAUGCUUUAUUACGCUUAAAUGAGUUAAGCUUUAUUAUGAUGCACAUUAAAUGAUUACGCUUAUUUACGCUUGAAUGCUUUACGCUGAUAAGUUUAUGCUUAUGUUUGAUGCUUGCGUCUGUUGGGGGAGGCCUCCCUCAACAGUACGAUGCCGUGUCCGCUGAGGAGGGCCUUCCUCACGGCGCGAUGCCCGUGUCCGCUGAGAGAGGCCUCUCUCGCGGCGCGAUGCCAGUAUGCCAGUGUUACAGCGUCUAUUGGGGGAGGCCUCCCUCAAUAGUACGAUGCCGUGACCGCUGAGGGAGGCCCCCUUCACGGCGCGAUGCCCGUGUUCGUUGGGGAAGGCCUUCUCCACGACACGAUGCGUGUUUAUGAUUAUUGAUGAUGAAGAAUGCGCUCAUGCUAUUUAUGAAUUUGGAAAUGUUUAAUGAGCAAAGGAUUUGAAAGAAACUUAUGCCUCUUAUGCGAUGUUGUGAAAUUGUUAAUGAUGUUAUGUUAUAUGCUUGGCAACUGCCCACUAAGUACUCUUGUACUUAGCCUUUCGAUGUUUAUGUUUGUGCAGGUUGAGCUGUGAUGGACGAUGAAGUGUUGUUGCUGAGUAGAGUUUUUGUCGAACUUAAAGUAGGCUCAGAAAGGAUACAUGUCUUCAUACAUGUAUCUCAGUUAUGCAUUCCGCUGUAAACACUGAUUAUUUCAGUUACACCUUCCGUUGCAAACUCUGAUAAUGUUUUAGCCAAGCCCCUAACGAUGCCUUUUUCCUUUUUAAGGAAUAUAACGCGUAUACAAGUUCUUUGAGUACCCUUUUUAUGCGAACUAUGCCUUUUUCCUUUUUAAGGAAUAUUUCACGCGUA